UGCACUACUAACCAAAGCAAGGAUAUCGAUCAUGUUAACGGAGCCGAAUAUAGAAUCACAUCUGGAGCCGCAUCUGGAACCACACCUGGACUCGCUCCUGGAUCUACCCACCAUGUCUCUGUUCCAGACAGACAGCGUGUCCCCUUUUGAUUACUAUUGGAACGGUACGGAUCUACCGCCGUUCCGGCCCAAAAUGCCCUCCUCACCUAUAGCAUACACCAUUAUCAUAGUCAUGGAAUUGGUUCUUGGAACGAUGACAAAUGGGACUCUUAUCUACCUGGUUGCAUCGGUGCGAGAGUUGCGGACAUCACCGAACAUCCUCUUGGCGAAUCUUGCUCUCGGAGACUUCCUCUUUGUCCUCAUAACUGGACCGCCAACUAUAGCGCCCUCAUACAUGACAACUUCAUUCCACUAUUGCCGUUUGAAUCAUUUCUUUUAUUUCACGUCGUUCGGCGUGUCAUCGUUGAGUCUAACCGCGAUUAGCAUUGAGCGGUAUUUCGCCAUUGUGAAGCCUUUUCUUGUGCGUCGGUUGCGCAUCAUGCGCGCAACUGUUGUUAUUUGCCUUAUCAUCUGGGGAAUCGCCAGCGCGAUCGCCUCGUAUGUUUUCGUCGCGGCUUUGCCGUCGUUUCAAACCACCUGCACGUUUCGCUACGAGCACGUCUCCUAUCACAUCUACUACUUGUUACAGCUUGUGUUUAUGUACGUCCUGCCUGUAUGCUCCAUGGCCAUCUUUUACGGGCUCUGUGCCAAGAAGCUCCUUCUAGAAAAGACAAUUCUACAGCGCAGACGAAGAGGGAGCGCGGAUAGCAAGGCCAGGGUUCGAGUCUCAAUCAACCUUUUCCUCAUCACACUCGUGUUCACAAUCUGCUGGUUGCCUCAGUAUAUCUACAGCGCAUGGCUAAUGUUUGGUUUCGACGUGUUUGUGUUCGGUACGAGGUCAAUGAAUAUUUUUCGUCGCGCUCGUAUUGUCAUGUACUAUCUGGCAUCCUGUAUCAAUCCUAUCAUUCUUUACUCCAUGAGUUCGUCGUUUCGGCAACACCUCGCGAGGAAGUUCGGUCUUCAUCGGUUUACCCGAAGGGUCCCGAUAUCUAGCGAGGCCAGCGGACGCACCAGGAGUUCCGUCAUCAUUCGCACACCAUCCCUACGUUCUAUCCCCCAGAUAAACCUUCCGUUGGUAGAUAACACAAACAACAUUGAGAACCAUUACGUCCGUACUGCGUCAGACGCAGUGUGAACACGACUUCACGAUCAACUAUCAUGUACAUAAGAUGCACAUUCCAUAACCAACCAGAUUAAGGACAAAGAUGUUAGGGAUUCGAGUAGCCAUUGGAUGGAACACCUCUGCUUCAUUGAACGGUGAAUAAAGAUUGAUUUCAAUUCGCAACUAAACGAUAAUUUCGUAUUGUAAGCGAAUCACAUUGCCCUUUUUUUGAGAUUUAUCUGAAUCAUUAUUCUUUCAACGCUCUAAAACGAGUGUCCGUUGCACAUGGGGUGUCAUUUUACUGACGCAGGUCAGCCUGAGCGACUUACGUGGUCUUUGAAAUGUCACGUUUGCGUGGUAUAUUACACAAGAUGAAUGUCAAGUGAACAAUGUUUAAUUAACCGUCAUAAUACGGGCUGACUACCUCCACGGACUUGAUGAAAUCAGGUAAUUACGAAAUCGAAAUGACACUUCGUAAGCAAGGGGCUUUAUAGUCCCUGUGGGAAAGAAGAUACACAGUGUUAAAAGAAUAAAGAAGUAGACGCUGAAUUACUGAUUAUGUGAACACACCUUGUAUAAUUUGAUCCACAGUGUGCGUAAUUGGUGUGUAUUGGAAAUGUUUUGACACUGUGGCUAGAGGUAGAAAAGUGUACCAUCAGUGGGUGUUCACACUCUCUAUCGUAUUCGUAGUCUUUCCGCACAGUUUUCAAUGUUCUUUUCGAUUACUACUCGCGGAUGACCCCAAAACAAAAAAAAUUGUUCUGUUUAACCCAUUUGGCAACUUUCUAGGCAAUCAAACCACGAAAUCAAUUUGGUUUGAACAAAAAUAGAAGAGAGAAAAAACAGAUUGUUGAAAGUUGAACGAAGUCGGGUGAAUAAAGUCAUGAUUUAUUAUAAUUUAAAUUCACAAGAUAUUAUGGUAAUUUUCAGACUGGUGAAUCGGUAAUAAUAUCCAGUGUAAUGUGUUAUCAGGAACAAUACUCCCUUUUGAAAUGACAAACACCAUGAGUAAAAGAUCAUCUUUCGAAAUUCUAGGACCGAGAAGGUACUUUUCUUUUGUUGGCGGACCACUCAUAACUAUCUACCCACAAUAUCAUGUACGGCCCUAAGGGGGAAAUAUACUUGGGAGAAAACGGGAUAUACCACUCAGUAAAGAGGCAAUGCGUCAUUUCAAAAUGUGCUUACAUUUUACUGAACUCAAUUUUCAAUCAUUUAUCCAUUCUUAUUGUAUUUUUUUGUCUCUGAUUUUUUUUUCCUUCCAUCAAAGUUAGAACCUUACGGUUGAAUUCUUUUUUAAGACUGCAAUCAAUCAAUCAAUCAAUCAAUCAUUAACUUAUACAUGAUGCACACGAGUUGUCAUUUUGAUCGCGUUAUUUCCAGGCAAAUAGCCUUACGUCAAGGUCAACGCAACGUUGACACUGUACGUUUUGCAAUCAUUUUUGAUACGAUGUCACUCUCACGUGGUGCGUCAGAGAUCACACCAGUCGCUGACGCAGUCAAACGUCAGGCAAAUGACGCAUAAUGUACAACGGGCGUAACAUUGCACUCAUACUGAUUCUUCAACCUAUGGUUACACCAAAUACCAUUAUACUGGUU